AUGUCGGCCGAGGAGGCGGUGUCAAAGCGGGGGUGGAUCAAGCGAUACAGGCGCCGAGGAGAACAACGACCUGAAGGAGGCGCGGAAGGAGUACGAGGUUGGGCGGUAGCCGCGGAGGAUGGAGGGGUUGUCGCGGCGCCAUGGCUCAAGUUGGUCGAAGAGGAGGAGUUCGAGCCUGUGCUCGAUGUCGGUGGCGGUUUGGACGAUGGUUUCGGUGAGGGAGGGGCGGCGUUUGCGGAGGCCGGAGCCGGAGCCGGAGCCUGGACCGGUGGUGCCGGGAUUUUGUUUGGCGGGGCCGGGCAUGGCGGUUGAAGGGACGGCUGGUCGGCUGGCUGACUACCUACCCACUUUGGUGUGACAAGUGUUACUCUGGAGGUGCUCAGAGGCAAGAAAAGGGGCAUGUAACGAUAUUUUGCAUUUGUUGUGAGA